AUGACAAAUAUAUCAACAGUAAUAUCAAAAACAAUCAAAUCGGCUAUUAAUAUACCAAACAAUCAUGAUAAAUUUCGUAUUUGCAUUGGACUUAUCACUAAUACAUUGACUAUUGUAUUUCUAUCCAAAGGUUUUGUUACAAAAAAUCUUAGAAAUAAAUGGACAUUGAUUGCAUUAGCUCUUAGUGAUCUUAUUCACAAUAUUGCUUUAUUAAUCCGAGUUACUCAAGAUAUUAUUAGUGGAAAAAUUGAAUGUAUUUGUUUAAUUAUUUCAUUUCUUAGUCAUUUAGCUGAAUUACUUUCAGCUUGUUUUACUGUUUUAUUUACUGUACAACGUUAUACAGCUGUUCGUUAUCCAUUACAAGCAGCUGUUCAAGAAGGAUCAUCACCAAUUAUUCAUCUUCUAUUAGUUUUUAUAUUUAGUUUAACAUUUUGUAUUACAUUAAUAUAUAGCAAUACAUAUAUUAAUUGUUAUGAAGAACUUAAAUUAAGCUGGUUUAUUGCUGAUGCUUUAUUGUCAUUUGUCAUUCCAUUUUCUUUAAUUUUAACAUACAAUUUAUUUAUUGUUAAUUUGAUUCGAAAACAUGCACGUUCACCUUUUAAUAUACAAUCAACAUUAUUAAAGUCGAAUAGACAUGUGAGAAAGGGUAUACAUUAUAAUUUCAGAAAAAGUACUCGUUCUAAAGAUAGUUUUUCAAUAACUUACUCAUAUGGUGUUCCACUUACUUCCCAUGGUACUCCACUUACUUCACAUGGUACAUUAUUUGAAACAGAUAUUGAUAAACGAUUAAGUCCAAGUUUUUCAUCGAGCAAAAGUAACAAAAGUUGUAUUUCAAUAAGAACAAGUCAACAAAGAUCACCAUGUAACAUUUCAAAUGAAACAGAAUUUCAAGCCUGUAUAAUACCAAGUCCAAUGUUACAAAUUGAAAAACUAAAUUCAGAUACAUUAUCAACUAAUCAUUCAUCAUCGAUUUCUCAUCAAUCAACUAAAUCAGAACGUGAUUUUAAAAACCAAAAUCAACAUAAAUUAUCGAAUCCAUUUAAUUCACGAAGAUUAUUAUCAUUAUCAAGAGAUGCAGAUUUUGUAUCGAAUAAGAGCUCACAAACAACUCAAUCAAUCCGUGUUACACGUAUGCUUGUUCUUGUUUCGACAUGUUUUCUUAUACUGAAUGCUCCAGCACAUUUAUGUGUUAUUGCUUUAAAAAUUUAUACUGGUAUUGAUUCACCAAUUUAUAAUAAACAUUCUGAACUGGAUAAAUUUCAACAAGCAACAAAUUUAACAAGUCAUGAAAUGAAAAAUAUUGUUUUUAUUCAAACUAAAGGUUAUACUACGACUGAAAACAAAUAUUUAUUAGCUAAUGAUACGAAUAUAGUUGACGAUCAUCAAAUGAUAGUUCCUUUAUUUUAUACAGUCAUUUUAUUAACACAAUUGAUAUCAUAUGCAUCAUAUUCGAUUAAUUUUUUUCUUUAUUCCUUUAGUGGUGUUGUAUUUCGAACAAGAGUUCGACAGUUUUUUAAUAAACUACAUUGA